UUCUGGUGGGGCCAACAGCAAGAAGAAAAGAAAACCCACUGGUUAAGGUGGGAGGAACUGAGCAGACCUAAGAAGCAGGGGGUUAGGCUUCAGAGACCUUAAGUGCUUUAACAUAGCUCUCCUAGGCAAACAACUAUGGAGAAUAAUAAAAGAACCUCAAUCACUAGCAGCUCGAGUUUUGAAGGCGAAGUAUUUUCCCACGAGGGAUGUGCUGGAAGCCGAGAAAGGAUGGAACUCCAGCUUUGUUUGGAAGGGACUGAUGGAAACAAAGGACCUAAUAAAGAAAGGAUACCGAUGGAGGGUAGGGAAUGGGGAAAGUAUUGAUAUUUGGCUGGAUCGGUGGAUUCCCAACAGUGAAGGAUAUAGAGUAACAUCCCUAGGGACGAGAAUCGGAGAUACAACGUCAGUGGCUGAAUUGAUAGAUGAGGAGACAAGAACCUAGAAAUCUGACCUACUACAGACCCAUUUCAACAGGGUAGCCAACAACAGAUAGGAAAAAUCCUAAUCCCUCGUCAACCUUGCAAGGAUGAAAAGGUAUGGACAAAGGAAACCACAGGGAUUUACUCGGUGCGAUCAGCUUACAAGUUAUGAAAGAAUAGGCACGAGGAGGAAUAUGGGAAAUUAUACACACCAGCUAAUUGGGAAAGGUUCUGGAAGCUUAAGAUUCCACCUAAGGUGAGACUGUUUGCGUGGAGAUGGAUAAGGGAGAUUCUGCCUACAAGAGCUAGAAUUGCGGCAAGAACGCAAAGAGGUCAUGAUGGAUGCCCAUUUUGUGAUCUCCCAGAGACUCAAUAUCACAUUUUUAAGGACUGUGCUUGGGUGAGGAGGGUUUCUAGGGCUACGCCUAUGAAUCUAUUGUUCGAGAGAGGGGAGACACUUACCUGUGAAGAAUGGUAUUGCAGCUUGCAAGAGACGGAGAGUGAUGAGCAAUUGGGGAAUUUCCUCGUCGCACUGUGGUUCAUUUGGGAACAACGUAACAGUCAGAUGUGGAAUAAGAGGAAUUUGGAAGAAGGGGAAAUAAUUCAUAGAGCAUUUGGAUGGUUGCAAGAGUACCUCAACAUGCAGGAGGCGGAAUCCGAAGUACAUCGCCAAUGUGAAAGGAAAUGGAGACCUUCUCAGUCGGCUGAUUUCACGAUCUCGGUGGACGCGGGACGCCUGACGGGACAAGGAACGGGAUUGGGGGCUGUGGUUAGGAAGAAGGAUGGGGAUUUCGUGGCGGCGGCGGUGAGGAGAACGCGGAGGUAGUGGGAGCCGAUGGAAGCAGAGGUGAUGGCGGUGAAGUUCGGGUUGGAGAUGGCUCAUCGGUUUCUUUUGCAUUCCAUAGCCAUCCAGACUGACUGUCAGCAGGUGGAACGCCUCAUCACAGGCCAGGUGGUCUCCCAAGUUGAAGUGGGCCAAAUUGCAAAAGAAAUCAAGGAGAUGGGC